CGGGGACAUAUUUCCAGAACGGACUCAGUUGUUGCUUGACGGAUUGAAACUGAACUGCAGGUGGAGGGAUGAGUCUCUCCCCUGUGAUUGGCACAGAUGUGCCAGAAACAGCCAAUGGGGUCGUGACCUCUGUCUCUGCUGAAAACGGGCCUCAUGUCCCCAUCGUCGUGAAAUGUGGUGGCAGCAGACUGCCCUGUCCAGGGGAGGAGUCAGAGGACGGGCCAGGACAAACCGAUAACCACAUGGACAUGGACCGUUUAGUUUAUGAUGGGAAAGGUCGUCUGGAUGCAGAGGCGGACAUUAAUGACAGAACGUCCAGUUUAUCUUUAUACACCACUGGAGACUCAGACACGCAUGUUACCGAGGAGCCUCCUGGUGCAGCUCUGCAGUGGGACUCAGCACUGUUCACACAGGCCAAAGACUCAGAGAGACAGACGGAGAGACAGACAGAGACAGACGGACAAGAGGAGGAGGACGGAGAGAAGGAGAAACAGGAUGAAGAGGAGGACGAGAAGAAGUGGAGGAAACAGAACACAGCAGGAAGACGAGAGGAGGAGGUCAGUCACGGGCAGUUAUCUCGACACUACUCUUCAUCAGCUCCCGGUCCCAGCACCUCCUCCUCUUCCUCCCCUCCUCCUCCUCUCCUCCCUUCAGACGACACCCCCUGCCCCCCCCACGUCAUGGCCCAGGUGUGGGUGCGUAACGUCCGUGGGAUGCAGGACAGUAAAAGCCUGGAUGAGAUCAGCCAGGCAUGUGGAGGUGGUUCGGGGGCCCGGGGAGGGGGCAGAGGCGGCCAGUCGGAGGGCCGGCGGGCCACCAUCUCCUCCGCUCUGGAGCUGGAGGGGACGGUCAGCCACGAAGGAGACCUGACCAACUUCAUCACCAAGAACCUGGAGCAGAAGAUCAAGAUGAGCUCCAAACCCAGUCUGGACUGCAGCGACUCUGACUGUUCAGGUCCGAUCUACCGGAGCCGGGGUCUGACUCGGAGACCGGCCGACAUCCCCCCCAUCGACCCCACGGUCCUGGUGGAUCUGCAGAGGCACACCCAGGACGUGGCCCACAGUGUGGAGAUGAUGAUGAGGAGCCUCAACGGAACCAUCCAGAAUAUGACGGCUCUGAGCGUGGGCUACAUCCAGACCUACAGAGACUCCGUGGACAGUCUGGGGGAGUCGGUGGACAUGAGUAUAAAGGGCAUGUACACACUGAUGGCUCGCUGUGAGGAGCUGGACCGCUCCAUGCAGCCCAUCCACACGCUCGCUGCUCAGAUCCGCGACAUCAAACGCACCCUGGACGCCCUGGAAGCCAUCUGCAAGUAAGCCCCGCCCAUCCACCACGAGAACACGCCCCCGGCUGCAGAGACCCGGCACCUCGGAGCGCAUCCCGAAACGAGGCUGUCAGUGUAAGCAAGUAACCCCGCCCCCUCUGCAGGUAGCACACACACACCGCAGCGCCGGAUUGGUGGAAACCAUGGCAACUAGGCAUGAUUUGGAUGAUCAUAGUCCCUCCGCUUCUUCCACGUUCCAGGAUGAACAUGUCUGUGUCGUCACAUGUCUACUUACUCGCGCUUGAUUCACUAUCGGAGCUGAGUUUUUCUUCUUCGGUGUUUUUUUUUUUUUUCUCACUUCCUUUAAUGACGUCAUAUAAUCAAAACCGGUUUGUGGAGACACUUGGAGUGCCCUGAAAACACACACACAGUUGGAUUCAGAUCCAGACUGAGGAGGAACGUUGUGGUUUUCCGUCCGCCCACUCGGCUCAGAUUGCACUACCCUCUGCUUCCCACAGGGGGCAACGUUUCGCUCUGACUUUCUCUUCGUGUAUGAACUUCUCUGAAGACUUUUGCACAGAAACAGAACGUCUAUUUUUUAAUCUUAUGCAACGAACGUCAGAUUCUUUCACUGCAGACGAAACGAGUGGAGUCACGUCUGUCUGUCUGUCUGUCUGUCUGUCUGUCUGUCUUUUUUAUGUUAAUUUAUUUGUCAGCAUGCACACCUUUACAACAACACCGAUCCAAGCAGUUGUCUUUGCUGGCUAAUGAACUUUUUACUGCAGAUAGAGUUCUCAAAGUUGAAAACAGCUGUUCUCAGUGUGUGGGUGUAGGUUUUGGAAAAGCGUCAGGUAUUUAUUUUUGCUAAAAUCUACAAGUGUCAUUAACCCUUAGGUCCUCCUCAAAUUUACCACCCGAUGGUUACCUUUGUGGCAAAAUAUACCUGCAUUAAAAACUCCUAUAAAAUCAUCAUACGUCAAUAUUUAUUUAUUUAUUUAUUUUGCUUUUUUUUUUCAUGAAUCUGUUAAACACCUUCAGCCCUGCUGAAAAGUUCCAAACAUUUGAAAAUUUUCAGGAUUUUAACUCUUUAAAUGCCUGUUUAAUUAUUUGACUUCUGUUACAAUAAAAACAUAAAAAAUUUAAUAUUUUCCAUAAGGUAAAUAGUUGGGGGAUGGGACAUUGGUGGUGAUUAGACUGAAUGAUCAGCUAAUGAAAAAAAAAUCCACCAGAAUGCCAGAGGAGGACCUAAGGGUUAAAAGCAGGUACAUUAGUGCAUGCCAAAAAAAUUCCACAUUCAUUUUCAGGCUUAUAAUUUCAGAAAGUUUCUCAACAAAAUGAGGAAAACUUAGCGUUUUUCCUGAUGUGGACAUCUGGAGUAUUAGCGCUGUGUGGAUUUGUGUAUCAGUACUGAAUAUUCUGCAGAAAUAUGUUGACGGCAUUAAUUAUUUAAGGUCUUGGUAGAAAAACUGU